AUGUCACAUAAAGAAGGGCACCUCAAGGAUGAGGGCUCCAAAGUCCAAGUAGUUGCUGCCGGUGGAAUUGCAGGGCUCGUCUCACGAUUCGUCGUCGCUCCCCUCGAUGUCAUCAAAAUCCGUCUUCAGCUCCAACCUCACUCCCUUCCCGACCCGGUAGCAGCUCUACGCAAUGGUCCAGCGUAUCGAGGGGCAUUCGCGACCCUAAAACACAUCCUCAAGCACGAAGGCUUGACAGGUUUAUGGAAGGGCAACGUCCCGGCAGAGCUUCUAUAUGUUUGCUAUGGUGCUGCGCAAUUCACGGCCUACAGAUCGACGACUGUUUUCCUCCGGACAGCUUUCCCUUCGAGAUUACCCGAUGCUGCGGAAAGUUUUAUCGCCGGUGCGGCUUCGGGUGCCGCAGCUACGUCUGUUACAUAUCCUCUUGACUUAUUAAGAACACGAUUCGCUGCUCAGGGGCAGCACCGCGUAUACCACUCACUUCGUAGCGCAAUCUGGGACAUUAAACGCGAUGAAGGAUGGCGAGGGUUCUUCAGAGGCAUUGGACCCGGCCUAGCCCAGAUUAUGCCCUUUAUGGGUAUCUUUUUCGUCACAUACGAGUCCCUCAGAUCGACCUUGGAAGGAUUGCACAUGCCGUGGGGCAGUGGCGAUGCUACAGCUGGCAUGUGUGCUAGUGUCAUCUCCAAGACAGCCGUAUUCCCUCUUGACCUUGUUCGAAAGCGCAUUCAAGUCCAGGGACCAGCACGCAGCCAAUAUGUCUACGAAAACAUCCCCGAAUAUUCCACCGCCCGAGGUGCACUAAAAACAAUUCUACACACAGAGGGUUUUCGCGGCCUGUAUAAGGGUUUGACUAUCAGCCUACUCAAAUCAGCGCCGGCGAGCGCUAUUACUCUCUGGACUUACGAACAGAGCUUGAAAGUGAUGCUUGACUGGGAUUCAAGCAGUAAGGAAACCAUCCCCAAUGAGUUAUAG